UAGGCUAGACGGCUCUGCAACACUCACUACUACCGCAUUAUCCAUCCUGCCUCGGACGUGACAUCCGGCAUGUACCGAGACCACAGCCACAGACCAGUCCCACCCGAGCUCAUUAGCAUGUAGCCUACGCACGUAACGUCGACGGAGGGGGCUGUCUUUAAAUACCGCGAGACAUCCCUAGCGCAGCACCACUUCUGCGGAAAAGCUGCAAUCAGGAGGAACAGACACCCCAGCUCGUAUUUCCGGCUGUUUAACUGAAGCCUAAAGAUGUCCACCAAGGAGAAGCUGAUCAGCCAUGUGAUGAAGGAGGAGCCUGUUGGCAGCAUGAACAAGGUGACGGUGGUGGGUGUCGGCAUGGUCGGCAUGGCCUCUGCCAUCAGCAUCCUGCUCAAGGACUUGUGUGACGAGCUGGCCCUGGUUGAUGUGAUGGAGGACAAAUUGAAGGGUGAGGUCAUGGACCUGCAGCACGGAUCCCUCUUCCUCAAGACACACAAGAUUGUGGCCGACAAAGACUACAGUGUGACGGCCAACUCCAAGGUGGUGGUGGUGACAGCCGGUGCCCGCCAGCAGGAGGGCGAGAGCCGUCUUAACCUGGUGCAGCGCAACGUCAACAUCUUCAAGUUCAUCAUCCCGAACAUCGUCAAGUACAGCCCCAACUGCAUCCUGAUGGUGGUGUCCAACCCAGUGGACAUCCUGACCUACGUGGCCUGGAAGCUGAGUGGUUUCCCCCGUCACCGCGUCAUCGGCUCUGGCACCAACCUGGACUCCGCCCGUUUCCGCCACCUCAUGGGAGAGAAACUCCAGCUCCAUCCUUCCAGCUGCCACGGCUGGAUCAUCGGAGAGCACGGAGACUCCAGUGUGCCUGUGUGGAGCGGGGUGAAUGUUGCUGGAGUUUCUCUGCAGGGCCUCAACCCACAGAUGGGGUCUGAGGGUGACAGUGAGAACUGGAAGGCUGUUCAUAAGAUGGUGGUCGAUGGUGCCUAUGAGGUUAUCAAGCUGAAGGGCUACACUUCCUGGGCCAUCGGUAUGUCCGUGGCCGACCUGGUGGAAAGCAUCAUUAAGAACCUGCACAAAGUGCACCCUGUGUCCACACUGGUCCAGGGCAUGCAUGGCGUGAAGGAUGAGGUCUUCCUGAGCGUCCCUUGUGUCCUUGGCAACAGCGGCCUGACAGAUGUGAUUCACGUGACCCUGAAGCCUGACGAAGAGAAGCAGCUGGUGAAGAGCGCUGAGACCCUGUGGGGCGUACAGAAGGAGCUCACCCUGUGAAGAGCGCUCCUUUGAAUUCUCCUAUACACUCUG